CACACACACACACACACGCACGCACCCACACACACACGCAAUAAAUCAUCAUGGCGAGCGACUCGAUCGGUGGCGUGCCGACGAAGACGUGCAUCGGUUUUCUCGUCGUCGUCGGCGUCGUCAUGCUGUGUGUCGGGUUUCCGGUGAUGUGGAUCAAGUAUGCGAAGCCUUACCUAAAGACGGCCCACUUUGUGAGCACCACGUGUAAGGUGCUAGACAGCAAGAGACUGGACGACUACACGUGUGCAUGCACGGAGGAGGAGUGCGACGACGAGCUACAAUACCCAUGCGUCGGCAUCAAUGUCACCUUCACGCCGACGACACGAACCGACAACAGGACGAUGCGAUGGGACACGCUGCUCUACGAGAACGAACUUACCUAUCUGCUCUUCAAAGGAAAACACGCUAAGUGUUUCUACGGCUACGCAGGCGACUGCCUUAACAGCGUCGGACACCAGGAGAAGCUGGGUCUAGCAGUAAGCAAGCUGCGUGAGUUCGGGCGGCGAGGCAAGGAGUACAGCUGCCUCUACAAUCCUAGCAACUGGAACGAAGUCAUCAAGGACCGCACGGUGUCGCGCACGGCCGCAAUCCACGCCAUCUUCUGGCCGUGGUUCUUCGUCGUUGCUCCUUGCGUCAUCGCUUGUGUGUACUACGUCAUUGCGGGCAUGGCUGAAGACUGUCGCAGCCAACCGGAGAAGGAGACGAAGUCAGCUGACCUGAAGACGUUGUCGGCGCCGAAGCGACAUCGACACAAGCGCCACCACUGACGAGCUGUGUCACGAUACUGCUUGUCGUAUCGUGUUCAUACUGGCGUAUCGUGUUCAUACUGGCGUAUCGUGUUCAUACUGGCGUAUCGUGUUCAUACUGGCGUAUCGUGUUCAUACUGGCGUAUCGUGUUCAUACUGGCGUAUCGUGUUCAUACUGGCGUAUCGUGUUCAUACUGGCGUAUCGUGUUCAUACUGGCGUAUCGUGUUAUUGUUACCACAUCGUGGCUUUAUUGUGGAAUCGGGUCCAUUCUAUUGUAUUAUUUGAUUGUUAUAGUAUCAUUUUCGUUCUACCGUAUCACGUGUUUCGUGCCGUUCGCGACAUAUUAUUUCAUAUGAUCACCUUGCUAUAAUUUCUAACCUUUUAGAUCGCAGCUUGGACUUUUCACUUCACUAUUUAUAUGCGAUACUUAAGGUAUCAUGUUCUUCUGACUCUAAUCGCUUCAUGUCCUUACUACCGUGCAUUUAUUAUCAGUUAAUAGAUUGCUGAUCAUGUCUUCAAUUCCGUAGGAAGCUUAGUAGCAUAUUGAAAUUACUACAUCUUUAUUUUUUCGUUAUAGUUACUUAUACGUAUUUGGACUGCCAAAUAUUUUGAGCCAGAUUGAUACAAUCUGCAUGUGAUCUGCUCAUAGAAGGCCAAGGGGUUUUUACAUUAUAUUAUUCAUGGAAUUGUUGUUCAUAGCAGUAUGCAAAACAUUAAUAAAAACCUCUAUAUCAUGUUUAUUAA